UCCAAAAUGCGAUUCAGUUAUAAAAAUACCUCUGUUCGUUAAGCGUGUAUGCAGAUAAUAUUUAUCGAGAGUGUAUCGUAAUCUCACAUGGGUCUUAUCAACCGCAGAUGUUCGUGUGACAUCCGCGGGGCACUCUUUACUCAUUGUCAGCAAAAAACACAAAGAGUUUGUCCCUCCCGAGGACAUUUGCGGAGAAAAGAAUUAAUCGAAAUUGUUGUGGAGAGUUGAGUGCUGAAGCUGUCGUCACGAGUUAUCCAUGUUAUCCAUAUUUCACAUCUGCUGUAUUUUGCGAUCGAGAGUUUUUUUACGACGCGGUAUUGGUGAAAAAAAUCCUAUGCGUUUAAAUAUUAGGAACGUGAAUUGAAUUUGUGCGAUGCCAAGUGACAGCGAUAGUGAUUCGGAUUGGAACGAGGAGCUCAUAAAUGCCGUUAAACAAAAACAGGGGAAAUCAAAGACGAUCACAGAGGAUGAAAGGAUCGAAAGAGUUCAGGAAUGUCUUACGGAAGGAGCGGAAAUUGACAGCGUUGACAAGGAUAAGAACACAGCGCUUCAUAUCGCCGUGAAAAAGGGGUACAAAAAACUCGUUCAAUUUCUCAUUGAACAAAAGGCAAGAACGGAUAUCACCAAUAAAAAUGAUCACACCGCCUUCGAACUCGCGGAAGGGUCCGGAAAGGAAGAUAUUUUGGCCAUUUUUAGAGCCUCAGUUGUUCAAUCAACCGAUCAACAACCGAAUGAUCCUCUGACUCAAUUAUUUUCGUCUUGCGGACUGACAGCUCCUCAUUUAUUUGCAACGAAAAAUUUGAAGAGAACCGCGUCUGACGCUGUUGCGGAUAAUGAGACGCAGAAAAAAUUACGAAUCGGUAAUAAUGACGAGCUUGACGAAAAUCGUGACGAGGAUAUGGAGAGUUUGGAGGAGAUUACAUGGUCGGAUGAAGAUGAAAAUCGAGACGAUGAAAUGGUCGGUAAAAAAUCCCCGUCCUUUUUUCAUGGUGAUAAUAAAUACGCUGCAUCUGGUCUCAAGCAAACUUUACACGGGAAUAUUUAUCAACUAAAACUGUUGAUGUUGUUUUUACAACGCGGGCUUAAGAAAGGUUACCAUUUUCGAUUGGCGACCGAAAUGGAUUUGGCGGAAAAAUUUGAUGACCUUGUUUUUCAGUAUUACGAUAACUUCGCACUAGGAAAUUCCAAGAGCGCUGCAGGACCAUCGUUCAGAUUUCUUCAGGCCAAGCACAAGCAGGAUGAAUCCAAACUUAUUAGUGCUCGUGAUCUUCUUACGGAAAAAGACGACGAAUUCAGCUUGCAAAAAUAUUUUAUUUCGUAUCGAAGAAUAAAAAAAAAAAUGGAAUUCGACCGAGGAACUUUGAAGGAUUUUAUCAUAUGCACCAACAUCGGUUUCGAUGUUGAAGGAUUAAAGUCUAAAAUGAUUGUUCUCAAAAAAGUUGAAGGCGAUGACCCUCUUCUCGAAAUUAAAAGCUCGGCAAAACAACCGUCCAGAUAUAAACUGCUGGUCGAUGAAAAAUCCGAACUUUUCACAAUUCUUAAAAGAACGGCCGAAGUAUUUACCGUUAUGAAAAUUCUGACCGAGUAUAUCUACGAUUUGAAAGAUAAAACGCCGAUGACCAAUUCAGUUUUCAAAACAUAUCGAAGCGCGUUAGCGGAAGAAGUUUUCAACGUAGAAAAAAAAGAAUUCUUCGGCAAUUUUGUAACCGGAGUUAAUUUGUCGGACAGAGCCAAGAAUUUUCGGCAAAUUUUUUACGACGAAUGUUUGAGCAUAGGUUCGAGGCAGAAAAGAUUAUCGGCGCAAAACGUGAACGAGAGUGAUGUCUGGAAGGAGAUUCAAAAAAAUUCGGCCAAGUUAUCGAAUCUGUUCAGUCAACAUUUUAAGUUGAUUUCGGACCCGAAACUUACCGAACUGGUGAAGUUUUCCGAAGAGUUCGUAAAAUUGAUAAACAACGCGGGUAAUAAUAAUAAUAUCGUCAAGAUCGACAGAAGAAUCUACAAGUCAAAAGCUAGAGAGGGAUCGAACGAGAAAAUCGUUGCUGAUAACCUGGACAAGCUUGCUGGACAUGUUCUAGUUAAAGGCAAUGAAAAUAUAAAAUUCUCCACACAGUUUCUUAAUGAUAAUCUUGUACCCGUCGGGGACAUUAAAGACUUCAGGGAUCUUCUCAAGGCACGACUUGGACCGAGUUACAACAAUCUCGAUAAGUAUCGGUUCAAGAUAAAUGAUUAUCAAACUUGCGACGAAGAAUACUUACAUUCCAAACCGCAACUACCAAUCGAUGACGUAUCGGAUGGGGAAAUUGAAGAGUUUUUUGAUAAGUUAAUAUUUGCGGUUAAUCAACCGAACGAAGUUGAGCUGAGUGAAAUAAUAACGAGGGAAAUUGCUGAGGGUAGUAAAGUUAAUCUACUGAACGCGGAUCUCGUCGGUGAUUCGUUUCAAAGGGAAAUGUUGGAUUGGUUCAAGGAGAAGGGAACGGAGAAGGGAAAGGAGGGAAGAUUUUUCUCGACCGUUGACGGAAUGAAAUUCUUCGAUUCAACGGAAGAGAAAAUUAACACCUUGAUCUCUUCAGGACUCAGUUUGUCUUAUCCGGAAGAGCUGAGGAAAUACGGUGUAGAUUUUAAGGACGAAAACCAGCACCUCAAAGAUUUCCUCACACCCGGCUCACCCAACUACAAUGAAAAUCGAGUUUUAAAUUUAAUCACCACUGGAGAUACACUGCCCACUGCAAUCAGGGUCUAUCAGUCUGUUCAACGAAGUAGAAGGUACGCUGAAAAUGAUAGUGUAAUUUUCAUGCGUUUGCGGACGUUUAUACCGUCAAAAAUAAAGAGCAGGGUAAUCUCGGCAUUCGGAUCGACAAAAAGUCACCAUUUGUUGAUCAUGGAUUGCGGUGCCGCAAAAAACAGAGAUUUGCAUAAAUUGAAGGAGCUUUUGUCCAAACCGAUCGGCGAAAAUGGUACGAAAAAAGCGAUUCUCAUAUCCCAGGAUAAAAAUCAGCCGACUACGAAAUCGAAGUAUUGUUGCGAUGCUCACGAUGACGUUUCUUUCCGAGACUUGACGGUAGAAGCUCAAAAAAAAUUACUCGGUAAAUUUAUCAUAAAUUUUCAAGGGUCAAAGAGAAAGACGAGUUUGCAAAAUUUAUUGGGCCUCGUUGGAAAUGAAGAACUAGAGAGACUUGAAAGCGUCAUAGACUCCGGUACUCUGAUUAAAAUGAUUGUUGGGGAGGAGAUAAAGAUCGGAAGUCAAAUGAACGCGACAAAUGACGACGAUUACAUAAAACGUGAUUUCAAAAGGUGUGUAUUCCUCAAGUACGAUAUUGUUGAACGUCAAUUAGGGCAGAACGAAUAUGAUAUUCUCGCUUUUAGUGGCGACAUACAAGGGUCGUUUCUAGAAUCCAAGUUAGCGGAGAAGAUAGAAGCACAAAACAAAUUUUCCAAUUCAAACAUCCCUACCGGAACUCGAAGACAAAAUGAAUUCGUAAUACUCGAUAAAGGACGAGAAGAAGAGCAUUUCAAAGAACUCUGCCAGGCUAAUUUGAACACAAAUGUCCACUGGAUACAAUGUUACUGCUCAAAGUUAAACUGGUACAAAUCUCGAGGGGAUAUUCAUAAUCUGGCGAGCAAUAGAUACGAUUCUCCUUUUGCUGAUGAUCCUCCUCGGCCUGAUACGGUAACAGUAGCUAAAGAAACAAUAACGGAAGAAGGGCUAGCUCGUGUCGAUGACGAUGACCGGAAGGUUGCGAUAAUUUCGGAUACCGCAGGGAUGGGGAAAAGCAUGGUGUUGAGAAAUUUGGAGAGAAUAAUGAAAAAGAGGAAUCCGGAACUCUGGGUGAUUCGAGUUGACCUGAAUAAUUUCACCAGAGUCCUUCGGGAUGUAUCCAAGAGUAGAACCAUUGAGAAUGGCUCGGACGAAGAAUCGAUUGAAUUUUUUAUUGAAAAACUUGCAAACCUCACGAGUUCUUUGGAGAAGGAAGUCUUGAGACACGCACUGAAAAAUAAUCAAGGGGCAGCAUUGCUUCUGGAUGGAUUCGACGAAAUCAGUCCCGAUUAUAAGUUCACGGUGGAAAAAUUACUACAAGCGUUGAAAAAACAAAACCUCAAGAAAUUGGUUGUCACUACUAGACCGCAUUUGGGAACAGAGCUGGAGCAAACAUUGAGAACAUUCUUUUAUACGAUGGAACCGUUCUCAGAAUCUACUCAGCUUGAAUUUUUGAUAAAGUACUGGAAAAAGGGACUAGCCCUUCAUGACGCUGGGGAACGGAUUCAACAACGAUUGAAAAUUUACGCUGGAACCUUGUUGAGAAACAUUGGUGCGAUGAUCACACAUGCGGCGGAAAAGUUCGCCGGUGUCCCCCUUCAGACGAAAUUGAUAGCCGAAGUUUUUCAAGAUAAUCGGCUUGAGGAUGGUCGAGUAUUGAUGGCGGGUGUAGAAGCCUGCAAAGAUUUCUUGUAUUCUGAUCAUGAGGAGCCAGUGUUGCCGAAUAAUAUCAACAUUCCCGAUCUAUAUUCAUACUUUGUCGAGAGAAAGUACUUCCUCUAUCGUGUAGAAAAGAAGAAAGAAGAUCCGACAAACUUAGCAUCAGAUGAAGAUAGCGAGGAUCUACGUGGGGUAUUUUUGAAACGACACGAGAAACUGGCUUUGCGUUCAUUGUACGAUACCGAAGAACUUACAACGCUGCUGCCUCACCCUCAGGAAAUGGAAACGAUAAAUAUUUUCAUAAAAAAAAUAAUAGCUGGACAAGAAAGAACGGGCAUUGUCACACAAGUUAUAAACGGUGUACCGCAGUUUGUUCACAGAACUUUUGCGGAACAUUUUGCAGCGAUAUAUUUCAUGAACGUAAUGAGAUACGGCGACCACAAUCCAGAUGUCCUAACGUUCAUUGUGCAACAUAUUCUCGUUAGGACUAAGGACCCAAGUCUCAACCACUUCUUGAGAAACCUUUUACUACAAAAGGCACCCGACGAGUGUCACUUCGAGGGACGCCUCAUGAUGAUCGCUCGUUGGCGGCAUAUCGCCCACCGACAUUGUCAUCCCCAUGAAAAAGUACAUUUAUUGAACCAAGACGAUACCAUAGUUAAUUUCAUCCUCAAUCAAUUAGCAAAGAGUCGUAAGAGUGAGGAGUAUCCGAUCUAUGGUAACAAGGCAAUCAAACAAUGGGAAGGACACACUACAAUUUUCGACUGGUAUGUAACGGAAAAUAAUCCACCUGAUCGCGAAACAGUUCUGGCGAAGUGGCUCCUCUUCGAUCAACAGAAGGUCGCAUGAGAAUAAUGCUGUUAUUCUCAUUUCACUUACAGCCUUAUUUUUCACUUUUUGUACCUAAGAUAAGAUAACAAGGGAAUAUAAUCCACGAAUAUUUUAAAUCAGACAAACACUGCUUCUGAUUCUAGUUGCUAGAUGUGAAGUCCUUUCAAGCAGUAUUUGCAGAUCGAAUUUCAUAAAAUUACAAGGCAACGACACAAAAAAAAAUCAUCAUGCCACACGACCGGCAAUAUACAGGCUUUAUAUCUAAUUGUAAGGAACAACACUCGGGUUUGGUGUACGAUUUAUGAUGGAAAUCGACACGAUCUUUCUCGUCCAUUGAUUCGGCCUAAGAUAUCUUGUUUCAUGCGUGAAAAUCUUCAAAAGACUCUUGAACAGCCUUCAAAAUUGUAGGAGGUGGGAUUAUCCUGGGUGAAGAUAACGUCAGAGUUCACGCAUAAAUUAUAAAACAAAACAGGUUUAAGCGAGAGACGCAUACAACGAAAUAUCAUCGAAAACUAAUUCAGUUCGAUAAGUAUACUCCAGCGAAUAAAGAACAUGAACGCGCGCACUCGAAGGCUUGUCGUUUUGACAAUAGUUCUGACUAUUUUGUGCGUAUGCAUCGAUGAUUGCAACUGCGCUAAACGACGUCGUCCAUUGAAGAUCGGACUGCAGACAAACCUCGCUGCUUUCGCCUUAUCACCGAAAAGAUCAGGGAUCAGGGCAUGUCCAAGAGGACAGACGACUGCCAGAGAUGGAAGUUGCAGAAGAUCCGUCGGAUGAAAUAUCGAACACUGCGAUAUACUCACCGCCGUAAUCCAUUAUGUGAAACUGUCAUUAAAAGUUCAGAUAUUCCGUUAAACGAUAAUCAUACUCAUAUUCCAGGAGAGCUGUGAGUAGCGAUCCAGUUAGAAUUCACGAAACCCCUGCAGGCGAAGGAUAAAAUAGAGCAAUUUAAAUUUGUUAAUUAUAUAUUUAAUCCGCGUCGAAUGAUGUACGACGUCCAUCUUGUUCACAAAAUGGACUUUCGAGGAAGCCAUGGCCGAAAGAAACCAGUCAUCGUCACUGUUCUGUAGGUAAUUGUUGUUAGGCGAUAAAACUUGCGUAUUGGGAAACUCAACUGAAAAUACAUAAUUCAUUUUGGCUCUCUAAAAUGAUCUCCUUCCUUUGAAAAUCUUCUUACGAAUUUUCUUUUCAAUGUCUUCACAAAAAAAUCAUUAUAGCGUUAUGAACGUCUCUUUUUGAACUGUAUCACUGGCUUGAAUUUUUUUUCUCAAUCAGACUGUAACUUAUGAAUAUUGUUUCCUCAACUAUCAAAUCUCCCAAAUUGAGUAACAUAUUGCAAUGUUUACGAAAAACUAAACAACGAAAAAAUAACGCGCAUCUUCAAGCCCCAACUAUAAUAAAAGAUAGAUAUUCAGGCUUCUUUGUGCAUAUUUUGUGCUUUGACAAACAUGAAAUAUUAUUUUAUUUCAAAAUCGUAACAUUACAAACUAUACUGAAAUCAUUUUCAACCUUCAUCGUUUAUAAGAAUGAAUUUGAAGAUUGAAUCUACAGAUCGUUCGUGCGGUGGGCUGAUAAUUUUUUGAAUAUCGUUGAAGGAUCUGUUUUACCAUAACCGAACCGAGCAGAGUUCUGCAAGAUAGAUGGCGCUCGCAUUCCGGACUUACUACCCUUAGAUUCUGACAUCUCGCAGCUCGUCGAUCCAGAUCAAUAUACAGGGUGUCAAAUAAGUCCCGGGACGGCUGAAUAUCUCCUCAAGUAUGAUAUUUUUGAAAAAGUUGAUGGUCAUUUCUUCAGUUAUUUUCAACGAGGAAUUCAAUGGUAGCCUUCAAUUUGACCUCGAACUCGACCUUCAACGUUAUUUCAAGGUCAACUUGUUUCAUCUACUUUUUGCGUUACCCGGGACGGGGAUGUAGUAAAUUUUGUUCUUUUUGGGGUGUUUGAUUAGCGUGAGUCCUCUUGUCUCUCACGUGUAUCCAUAAAGAUAUGUUGACGUUUAAAUAUUAUGCGCGAAUCCCCAUUAUGUGACGGAUCAUAUAAAUUCGUAACGAGCUACCUGGAUUACUUUUAUGCUAGAUUAUAAGUGCUAAAGAGAAGGGAGAUGCGUGUAGUAUUGUCUUACAAUCAGACUAGAAACCGUGACCGCGAGUGGGGACAUUGUGGGGGGAGCGAAUCCUUUCCACAAAUCAUCCAACUUGCGAAUCCAGACUUGACGCUUACAUUCAACCAUGCGCGGUCAAGGAGUGUUUAUCUUGUUUGCACUGUUUGUGCUUGCAAUCUGUGUUGAAACCAUAGAUGCGUGUAACAGUGCCGGGGACGGCGGACACGCUGCUGGCAGUAAAGCAUGCAAUGGCACAAAUGACCGAAGAUGUAUCGACGGGAAGGAUGCUAGCGGUUCUGGUGUAAACUUAAUUGGUACAGUGGCGUUGAUUUUCGCGAGUGUCGCACUUGCUCGGAUAUCAGCGUUGUGGUCGACAUAAGUAAGGCCUCAACUCGAUGAAAUCCAACAACUUACCCUGCAUCAAAAAAAGGGAUUUCGAGUACCGAUUUGGAUUGUGACACGCAGCAUAAAUUUAAGUCAUUAUUUGACACAGCUUCAGAGGAUGUACAAAAAAUGUCUGAAUAUAUUGUAGCUUCAUAAGCAGUGUAAAGUACGUUUAUUUUCAUUUCAAAAUUAUCAUGAAUAUUUUCACAUCGGAAGAUGAGCUGGUAGGUGAAAAAUAAAAACCAAUUGAAAUUUUGUCAAUUGUAGUAAUUAUCAAAUGUGAAUUAAAUCAACCUUGAUCUUUA